UGGGCGUGUUACAUAAAUCAUUAAGCUUUGACCCUGAUUGGCUGAUGACGGGGCAGAAAUGGCCAAAGCCAAAGUGAAGCAGGACCAAUCGCCUUCCGGCAGCGCUUUGGGAAAAGCCGCAAAUUCCCAGAAACAGACGAAGAAGCAGAAGAAGAAAAAGUUCUGGAAAAACCACCCCAAAAUCGCCGGAAAGACGAGCGAAGCCAAAACGCUUUUCCCUCUGCUGCCCCCCAAACAGCCCCAGGAAUUCUCCUCCAACUGGAAAGCGCUGCAGGAGAUUCUUUUCUUAGAUCACCCCAAAAAGGCCAUCAGGGACACCCAGAAAUACAAACCCUUUAAGGAGAAAGUAAAGAGCGGGCGCCCGUCCCUGAAGCUGCUGUGCGAGAAAAUCCUGAAUGUGAAGGUGCAGACGGGGGAACACUGCUCGGUUCAAGAUGCCCAGGCUGCUAUGCGCUUAUAUACCAUGGAGAAGAAGUGCUGGGAAGCGGCCAUUAAAGCCAAAUACGCCGGCGUCACGGCUGCGAAAGCAAAAGGACCCCAAAAGGAUAAACAACCUCCUGCUCAGUGAAUACUCUGGCGCCCUCUGCUGGACAAUAAUAAUAAAACCGAAAUGGAUAAUGCUCUGGGGCCCCCUGCUGGACAUUAAUAAUAAGACCACUAUGGAUAAUGCCCCUUUGCGCUGAUGUUUAACCACGAGUGCCUUUUGGUUGCAAAGCCACAGCCCCCCCUUAUUCUAUAGGGAAUGGGGGUUAUACCCUCAACGUAUUAUAAUAGGCGCAAAACCGGGUAUAGGUUUCCUAAUGGUUAAAUGGGAUCGUUACUAUGAAGGAGGAGCCUAACGACAACCCGAGUGAUCAGCUGGAACCCUGCAGCCAAUCAGCUUGGAUCAAAAAGGCUACGUGACUUAAGCCCAUUCCAGGAUGACUUUAUUUUUAUUAAAAAGUGAUUGGUUCCUGCUAA